UUCCGGAAAAUCACGCGCAACACGUUUUGUUUCUUGAUAUAGCUGCAAAACUCGGAAACGAGAUAAUUCUUAUCCCUAUUUGGUUGCUACAAGCAAUGGCUUGUUCCACUCCAUCAAAAAAAUAUCUAGAAGUACUUUCCCAAAAAUCGGUUCGUCUCUCUACAUCCACGCCAAAACUUAUUGUGCUCGAUCUUAAUCAUACCUUAUUAAGUCGCAGUAAGAAGAAGAGUACUCGUGGUACCUUACGUCCUUACCUUAAUGAAUUUCUUCAAUAUCUAUUCGAAGGAACCGAUAAAAAGGAUGGAACCUUUUCUGUCAUGGUGUGGUCCUCCGCUAGGCCGCAAACCGUCGAUGCAUUAGUCAAUCUGGCAUUUGGACGUUAUCGAGAUCAGUUGAUUGCUAUAUGGAGUCGUAAUAAAUUUGGAUUAGAUAAACAGAUGUAUUAUCGAAAGGUGCCGGUGAUAAAAAAUUUAGAAACCAUCUGGAAUGAAUUAAAUAGACCGCAUCAUGUUAAUCCCCACGAUGGUUGGUCCGAAACUUCAUCGUCAGAGUUGCCAAAUGAUAUGUCUUCCCCAUCGACAACACCACGUUCCCCCCUUUCUCCUACCAACGAAACCUCGACAGAUACUUUCAUCGAGAAAUUACCACGCGCAAUUGAUCUCGAUACGAUAAAUGGCAUUUCGCCAUGUACAUGGGACCAAACUAACACAAUUCUUAUCGAUGACUCGCCCUCAAAAGCCGUGUUACAACCCUAUAACGCUAUACAUUUGCCACCCUUUAAUUCUCCGGCACGUCAAUUGGCAAAAGAUAAAGAACUGGUGAAUGUUAUAAAUUACUUGGAAAUUUUAAAGCAUCAAGACAACGUCAGUGCAUACAUGAAAGAACAUGCAUAUGUUUCCACCAGAAUGGAUUAA